AAAAAAAAAAAAAAAAAAAAAACAGAGAACCUUUACUUGUCUAUUUCGCCACUCUUUAAACAUUAUACAAACCUUCCUCGAGCGAAACAAUAAUCAUACGCGGGACUAUUUGACUUUAAAUAUAAAGCUUAUGCCAUUCCUCACGCAUCACAGCCGGCACUCUUGGCCUCCCUUCAUAUCCAGCGGUCCUAAUUUUGAAACGACAGACUUUCCGUCUCCGCCUCCAUUAGACAAUAUCGAUGAAGACCCCUUUGCAUUCUUCGUCUCCCCGCAGUCAGAAACGGAUGAUCCAUUCGAAGACGUCUCUGCUGGGAUUGCAUCCAUUUCUCAUUCGAGCCAUGACAUCUCCACUUUAACUAUUCCGGCCAAGGCACGCCAGGCUUUGCUCAGUCGCUGGGAGCGAUACGUGGAAAGGCAUCAUCCUCGGCUGGUGGCGAAACAUCAUGCAUCGAAAAAGGGAAAGACGAGCGAAGUCGUCAUGAUCGUCAUCGAUGACGCCGAUUCGCCUUCGACUCCGCCAACCGUCAUCGAGCCGGAGCGCGGGCGAGAGAGGAUUCCGCCGCAGAAGAGAGGACGACGGACAAGUCGGACACUUUCGGGGCAUCGCCAUGCAUGGAGGGAGCCGAGCGUUGAUUUGUGGACUGUAAUGGAGGAAGGAAACGAGAAGAAGGAACUGGAAACUGUGCUGCAUACGGCGGGUAAGAACGCAGUCGCUAUAGAGACUAUGGAUUCGCGCGAGCGAUUGAAGAAAUUUGGCCGACGGGCGGGAAAAUCUCGACUAUGAUUUUUCUUCGUGGUGGACGACGCAGAAGAGAAGAUUCCGGCUAGGGUUGUAUUGGAUUUAUAUUGCAUUGACUUGGCGCACCUUUGAUUCUGGAUUCUUCUUUGGUUCAUUUUCUCAUCUCCUAUUAGAUUGCACAGACACCACGCAGCAAUGCUCGCAUAUAUUGGCGUUCAGGGGCCGCAUAUAUAUGAUUUGGCCAUGGUUUAGCAUAUUGUUUAUAUUCGUUGACAGUCGCUCAUAUACACCUAAUACCGUUAAUUCCAGUACCUUUUGUUUCGGACCAAUUAAUGCUCACAAUUAAAAAUAUGUUUGCCCAUGAAU